CAUGCCUAGCCGGCUGUUCUUUGACAAUCUCGGGGCAAUCCUGACCUACGCGGUGAUUGGCACGCUGUGGAAUUCCUUCACCACCGGAGCUGCCCUCUGGGGCGUGAAGCAAGCAGGGCUGAUGGUCAUGGAGCUUGCAAGUCAUCCAUGUUUGGCUUUUUCCCCUUCUGCAAAGAUCUUUGCUCUGUUUGCUGAUUCAUGUGCUCCCCUUGCCUCUGCUUUUCAUUUCAAGCUCAGGAGUUAACCUCAAACUGACUGCAGGUUCCUUCUCGCUCAGCACCUCUGACACUGUGAAGUGAUCUGGGGGUUCAUUGAACAAUAAACCAGGGAAUGAGAAAGGAAUAAAACUGGGCAAGGGCAGAGAUGCUGCAUAGUCCCGGCAUGGUCCUGCAGCCGGAGGCUCCAUGAGGUCCGGUGAGGGUUCACACUCACCAUUGGGGAGCUCAGGCAUUUUAGUGAAGAAGUUCCUCUUAUCCGACCCCUCAUCCCCAUGUGCCUCUGAGCCCCUGGAUGGCCACUGUCUGUGCUUUGCCCGUUACAGCCCCGGCAGCUGCAGCACGUCCCAACGUGGCUGAUGCAUUGGCUGGCAGUCAGUGCUCAGACUGAGCCAUCGCCAUCCCAGAGCUAGUCCUCCCCACUCCCUGCUACUCACCCCUUUCCCCAAGGAGCUACUCGGCGACUCUUAGAGGCUGCUGCUCCCUCAGGACAAGCCAGUGCCACACCCUGGCCCCCAGGGCAAGGUUUUCACACAUACAUUCUCCCUCUUUCAGCCCACAACCUCCUCACGACCCCCUCCUUGGGUAUCCUCCCCAGGCUGGGGGGAAAGAAAUGAUCCCCAGCCCUGGCCCUCCUGCAGGGUGCUGGUGGGGUCCCAGCACUGCUAGCAGAACUCCAUCUAGACUCCAGCAUCUCAGCAAGUGUGGGUGGGCAGACAAGGGGGGUGGUGAUGUGGAAGAGAGGGAGCCCCACAGUCAAGGGUAGGUCCUAGCAGCUCUGCCAGGGUGUUACCCUGAAAUUUAGGCUCUGGGGUGCCCCUAAAAUAACCUCCUCAAUUUGCUCUUCCUGGGGUCUGCGUCUCCAGAGUUGUUAAGGAAACACUUGAAGGACAUGGCUCUAACCUUCUGAUAGAGUGAUUGACAUAGGAGUAUUCUUGUAACUAAUAAUCCCUAAUAUAAUAUAAUCUAAAGUCCUAAAUAAGACACAAAUCCUUUUUUGCUAGUUAAAAGAGCAUCCAGACCACAACAGCGUACAGUUUAAAUGAUUGUAAGCAAAGCACUUUUCUACAAAUGUCCAGUCUGUAACCAACCACUGACAGCCGUUCUUCAAUUAUAUUUUAGAUUUUACACAAGUAAAUUUCAAUUAAUAUCAAUAUUUUAUGCAUUCUUAUUAGUGUGCGUGAACACACUCUCGUACGAAAUACUACCCUAUGCUGUAGUUAUUACAAAACUAACUUAUUUUAUAAAUCCUUUAGCAUCUUUCUUUAGUUGCUGCUGAAGCAGCUUCUCCCAACAGGGUUCUCCUCAGGAUUUUAAGAUGUCACUCGCUCUUCAGGUAUUAGAGGGGUAGCCGUGUUCGUCUAUAUGCCACUGGACUCCUCAUUGACUCUCUCUUCACACCUGUGUAGCGGCUGUUAUUCUCCCUCAGCUCCGUUUCGCCCUUCGCGGUUGUUGCCGCUUGGUUCGCUCGGUCUCGGCGGCUUCUCUCUCUCUGCUACAAAAUUUCUUCAGCGGCUCCUUUGCCUGCUCUCCACUCUCUCUUUCCCAGCAGCUGCUCUUCUAACUCCUUUCUAGCAGUUCUUCUUGCUGGCUCCCCACUCUUAGUCCAUCUUCUCCCGACUGCUCUCUUCGCCAGCUCCUGACUCACUGGCUGCCUGUCCGCACAGUGCUGCGGACCUGUGGGAUCAGUCGAUGGUAUGCACGGCUCAUGUGGCGCCUCAUGGUUUUGGACACCAUCCGAUGGUCCAGGGACAUCUACAUCGAACACGUCACUGGCCACCGACAGUACCAGGAGACAAGGGCGUGGAGGCUGGCCUGAUGGACUUCCUGCUCUUCGGCAGCCUCAUCUCAGCUGUGGACCCUGUGGCGGUGCUGGCCGUCUUUGAGGAAGUCCACAUCAACGAGACCCUCUUCAUCAUUGUGUUCGGGGAGUCCCUGCUGAACGACGCUGUCACCGUGGUGCUGUACAAAGUGUUUAACUCCUUUGUGGAGAUGGGCCCUGUGCAUGUCCAGGCCACAGACUACCUGAAGGGUGUCGCUUCCUUCUUCGUGGUGAGCCUCGGGGGUGCCGCCGUGGGGCUGCUCUUCGCCUUCCUGCUGGCGCUGAUCACCAGGUUCACCAAGCGCGUGCGCAUCAUCGAGCCGCUCUUCGUCUUCCUGCUGGCGUACAUGGCGUACCUCGCCGCCGAGAUGGUCUCGCUCUCCUCCAUCCUCGCGGUCACCUUCUGUGGGAUCUGCUGUAAGAAAUAUGUGGAAGCCAACAUCUCCCGGAAGUCCCGCACCACUGUCAAGUACACCAUGAAAACGCUGGCCAGCAGUUCCGAGACCGUCAUCUUCAUGUUCCUGGGCAUCUCCGCCGUGGACACCUCCAAGUGGGCAUGGGACACAGCGCUGGUGCUGGGCACCCUGCUCUUCAUCCUGCUCUUCCGGGCCGUGGGUGUCAUCCUCCAGACCUGGGUGCUCAAUUGCUUCCGCCUCACCCCGCUGGACCGCAUCGACCAGGUGGUGAUGUCGUACGGGGGCCUGCGAGGGGCCGUCGCCUUUGCCCUGGUCAUCCUGCUGGACGGAGCAAAGGUCCGAGCCAAGGACUACUUCGUGGCAACGACCAUCGUGGUGGUCUUCUUCACCGUCCUUGUGCAGGGUCUGACCAUCAAGCCGCUGGUCAAGUGGCUGAAGGUGAAGCGGAGUGACCAUCACAAGCCGACACUGAACGAGGAACUGCACGAGCACGCCUUUGACCACAUUCUGGCAGCAGUGGAGGACGUGGUUGGUCACCACGGUUACCGUUACUGGCGAGACAAAUGGGAGCAGUUUGACAAGAGGUACCUGAGCCAGCUCCUGAUGCGGAAAUCGGCCUAUCGGCUCAAAGACGAAAUCUGGGACGUUUACUGCAAGCUGAAUAUCCGCGAUGCCAUCAGCUUUGUGGAUCAGGGUGGCCACGUGCUCUCUGCCUCGAGGCUCACGCUGCCCUCCAUGCCCCGCAGGACCUCUCUGUCGGAGUCGUCGGUCACAAACCUCCUGAGGGAAAGCGGCAGCGGUGCGUGUCUGGAUCUGCAGGUCAUCGACACCGUGAGGAGCAGGAGGGAUAAGGAAGAUGCCGUGAUGCACCACAUGUUAUGCGGGAGCCUCUACAAACCACGCAGGAGGUACAAGGCGAGCUACAGCCGCCACUUCAUCUCCCCAAGUACACAAGAGCGGCAGGACAAGGAGAUAUUCCAGCAGAACAUGAAGAGACGGCUGGAAACCUUCAAGUCCACGAAGCACAACGUCUGCUCUGCGAAGAGCAAGGCCAGGCUGAAGAAAGAUGGCAGGAAAAAGCAGAAGAAGAGUGUGGCAAAUACUGAGCUGCCCAAUGGAAAGCCACCCAGAAGCGUUACCUGGCAGCAGAAAGCAGCUGCCGUUCUAGUGGCAGUCGACUCCGACAAUGAGGAGAGUGACAGCUCAGAGACAGAGAAGGAGGAUGAUGAGGGUAUCAUCUUCAUCGCUCGAGCAGCAGAUGAGAUCCUGCAGGGCAAGAAGGCAUCCGGCAGCCUGGACAUCUGCCCAAGCCCACGCAUCAUCCCCCCUUCGCCCACCUCAGCCGAGAAGGACCUGCCCUGGAAGGGUGACCGGGGCGACCUCGCUGUUUACAUCUCCUCAGAAACCACCAAAAUUGUGCCAGUCGACAUGCAAACCGCGUGGAAGCAAAGCAUCUCCUCGCUGGAGAGUGUCGCCUCACCCCCCGGGGCUGAGCCAGGCCCACGUGCCAAGACGUUGGCUGGCCCAGCGCCGGAGGAAGGGCUCAAGCCGGAGAGACAGAUGAUGCCAGAGCAGCGCACCUGCUUUCAGUUCCCCAACCCUCUCUUGAGGAGCAGCAGGCCUCAGAGCGACAGCAGCCUGGAAAGGACGGAGCAGCCGGAGCUGCAGCCUUUGAUGGCUCUGGACGAGCACGGCAGGAUGAGUACGUCUGCCGGACCUAGCAACAGCAGGUGGCUAAUUCAGUUCAACAGACCCGCCAGAUUUUCAGAUGGAUAGCGUGCUCAGCUGUCGCUGCAGAGCGGCCGCUCAUCUGGAGCUAGCCACCUGGGGUCAAACCUCGCGGGGUCUGGCUUGGUAAAUCAAAGGACUGGCAGGUGUGGUCAGAGAGCUUGGGGCGGGGAGGCCUUUCAGAGCUUGGGUUUGCACUGGGCCAGCAGCGGGCAUCAGCCGAUGGAGCUAGCUAUUCAAAACUCCAAGCAGGUGGGCUGGCUGCAUGCUGUAAUAGCGUCAGUGCCUGUCCCAAGCCCCUCCGCACGGCUGGAAUAACCAGAUCCUAAACCCAGCCCUUCCAAACCCUAAAGCAAAAGGGGCCCUUUUCUCCCAGCCUGGCUGUUUAGUGGCUCGGUCCGUGGCCUGGCUGCCCCAUGACGGGGGUCUGGUGGCCUUGGCUGACCAAGUGGGUUGUGACAGGCAAUUUCUCACCCCGUGUCUGCAGCAUGAGACCUCCCAGGAGGGGGUGGGGUGUUGCUCUGCAGUCCCCGCUGCCCAUUCCCCAGCUGGCAGCAGGAGUGAGGAAGGGCUCCCAAGCAACAGCACCUCGGCUGGUGCCCCCAGCCUCAGCAUUUCUUGGAGCGAGCCGUCCCGUGUCCAGCUUUGUUGUGUCAGGCGAGUGGCAUCGUAGAGGGGCUGGGGCGUGCCCUGCCUGCAGGGCAGCACAGAGACACAUCAGCCUAGCACUGGGAGUUUGUUGCAACAACAGUGACCAGCCAAGCUCCGAGCUGCGUAAGGAGCUGAAAAUAAAAUGCAGGGGAGUGUCCCCCAAUCAGCAGUAAAGGCAAACACCAGCCAGGAGAUGAGAGCUCAGGACACUUCCAUUGCAUCUUCCCAGCGAUUGCUGGAGCUCUGUGCGUUUAGAUCACCAGUGUAAAUGCCUCUCAUCUGGGCACUGGCCUACACUAAUCGAAGAAACUCCCAACAGUGGCCUCCACUCUUGUCUACUCAGUGCUUAGUACUUGGACCCAGGACGUCUUUGAGCAGCUUCUGUCGGGUCCUGUCUACACACACAGUUAAUCUGGAAUAGCUACUGCACUUUAAACUCAUCCCUCCCUUAAUCCAAAUUAACUUUUAAGUGUAGACAAACCUGAUUGGGGACGGGGUUGGUGCGGGAGGGACUUUUCACUAGGCACUGCAGGUGGCUGUAUGUUCCCAUCUCCACCACACUGACGCUAUCCUGUCUCCUGUCCCCUGGAGCCUCGCUCGGGCUCCACCAGUCACUGGGGUCAAAUGGGCGGGGGGAAAGCAGUGAUACGCUCUGCAGCUCUGCCCGCGUGAGACAGCAUGCACGCACUCCCACCAGAUGGGGUAGCGUAUCGCUCAUGUGGGCUCCGCCAGCCCCUGGCUCCCUCUCGCAGGGCUUGGAUGCCUUGCUGGCCCCUGUGAGACAACUUGCGCUUUUGCUUCUUUUCCUUCUCGCUUAGGAAAUGCAGAAACUCCCAAGCCCAGCUCUGCGCACUGGUGGCACAGAAUUGAGCUGUCACUCCUGCUAGAUUGUGCCGAGCUUCAUUAGACGGUCACCUGUCUCCUUCUGUACAUGCUUUGAUGAGCAGUGAAAGAGUUAACAAAGUUGGCAGUUAAAUCAUCCCCAGUGGGGACUGGAGUUAACCCCCACUGAGGUGAACAGGGCAGCUCCCACCUCCCAGAGCUGUUGUGUCAGGCUCUCGGCAAACGCAGGCUGACAGUGCAUCGUUUACACUUGGCUCCUAUUUGGAAGGUUGGGGAGGAGUCCUUGCACACCAGUGUCUGCUCAGGCCCUCCCUUUGGGGCACAGGCUCUUCUUCAAGCCAAAAACUCAAAAGUGACGUCAGAACGAAGCUGUGUCCCUGACCAAAGCCACAGACCUUUCCCCUGGCAUCUCUCUACUGCCCCUUGCCACAAGCCCACUUCCCACAGCUCCCUCUUCCACCAGAGCUUGCUCAGCUCUUUACAGAAUCACCUGCCGCCUUCCCUGCAGGGUCUGAUCAUCCCGUCCCUGUUCUUAAAGGGGCUCUAGCUGAAGAGGGCAGGCUGGCCCCAGGCCCCUUGGCCCUUAAAGGGGCAGAGCACCCUGUUGCAGGGGCAUUUGGUUACUUGAGCUUUCAUUCCGGAGCACAGGCUGGAGCGGUUUGGGAGGUGUGCUUACUCUAUACGCUCACAGAUGUCCCCGGCUCAAGCCCUCACCCCUGACACCGGAGAGGUAAGCCUUACCUCGGACACAUCCAGCACCACGGUCCAUGGUUCUAACCACUAGACCCCACUGCCUUCUUCCGGGAGUUGGGGGUGAGUAGGGAGAGCAGCAGCACUGUCACAGCCCCGAGAAUCUCCCCCUCGGCUUUCCGUCAUGCCUCCAGCCCCAUGUCUUGGUCUCCAGCCCCUGCACUAGUCAGGGCUUCUUUUAGAGCCCACUGGUGCCACCUUCGAAGGCGUCUGGCCCUGCACUUGGCAACGCCCUGUAAUCACGGGCCAGCCCCCAGUGGCUGAGGCACAAAUGUACUGGCUAAGCGGAAAGGUCUCUGUUACAGCUGCAGCUUAUUUGCCUCGCUGUGGGCCCCAGGCAGAGCCUGUGUGACAAGCGUGGCACGCCCCAUGCCGCCAGCGGGAGCUGAGCCCAGAAAUGCAGGCCUCUGUCCCUCGAGCUGAAAGCGGGACGCUGCCAGUGGGAGUUAGUAGCAGGCCAGCAUCACAGCUGGGCCGGGGGCUCAGUCACAGGUGCCACCCCAGGGGAGGCAGCACCCUCCUCUGGGACCCUGGCUGUCCUCUCCCCUGGGAACGGGAGGGGUUCAGAAUGGAGGGGAUGCUCUCCCCUGGCCCCAUCCUGCACAAAGCACUGCCUGGGGGCAGUAAUCCACACGGCAGGCUGGGAAGGUGAGUGGGUUUGGUGCCGUUUCUCAAGGCUGAGAGUUGUGAUCUGGGUGCUCUAGUGAGUUAGGUAACAGCCCAGUCAUAACCUGGCACUGCUGAGGGGACAGGCCCCUGAAACCGCUCUAAGCCAGAUGGUGAGCGACCAAGCAGAACCAGAGCAGGUUUCAUUCCUUUCUAGUCACAACACUGGCGGCCCCAUAGCAUUGCUCUCUGGAGCCCUUGUGUAUCCUCUGUUUGCUUUCAUGGUGUCUGCAGUGAAGGUGCGCUGCCCUUACCUGGCUUACAGUGUGGGGAGGGAGGGGUUUGCAUUACUCGUACUCUACAUUUGGGGCUUUGAUGAUUUCUGAGAUUUUGCCAUAAUGAAACUUUUAGCUCUGUCAUGUUUUCUGUACUCACGGGUGCAGCAAAUGAUGAAAGGGUGACUCUAUUAAUUGCAAUGAUUUUUGUUUUAUCAUGAAAAUACAUGCAAAGUAUUUUGUAGCUUGCAUUGGAAACAAUAAACUGGACUCCGCAGCCA